AUGUUGAAUGUUCCCAUUAGCAACCCACAAUGUUCCAAACCGGUCAAGGCUUUGAAAAAGGCAGCCAAAGACUCCCAAAAUUCAAAUACUUCUCAAUUGUCAAUCGCUAAAAAGGAUUGGACUACCAAAGAGGAGGAGGCUUUAACUGAGGCGUGGCUCUAUAUCUCCGUGGAUGCUGAUGUGGGAAAUAAUCAAAAAAAUUCUGCUAUGUGGGCACGUGUCCUUCACAUUUGGAAACAAAAAAUGGGACCUGACCACUACACAAUGAGAAACAACAAUAGCUUGCAAUGUCAUUGGUUCCAAAUACGGUCCGCAGUAAGCAAAUUUGUUGCAAAGUAUGAGCAGCUCGAACGGCAUCCACAGAGUGGUACCAACUCACAGGACUUGCCCCUUCAAGUUUCUUCAUUGCUGGAAAAUAUUGGUCAAGAAAUUGCUCGACCAGAGGGAAGGAAAAACUGCAAAGACAAAAAGCGGAAGCUGAAUGAGGAGAAAGGUGUAGUUGACGCAUUGAACAGGUUGCAAAGCACUUUAGAAAAACAAGUUGGUGUCAACCAAGCAAGCUUGGAUAUGAAAGAGCAAGCGAUGAAAAAAGAAAUGGAGCUGAAAGAGCAAGUGAUGAGAAGAGAGAUAGAACUAAAAGAAGCUGCCCAAAAGCAGAGAAAAGAAGAUCAUGCAAUGAAGAUGAAAGAGCAAAGAAAACAACAUAUCAUGAACCAAGAUUUAAGUGUAUUAUCACCAUCACUAAGAGCUUCUUAUGAAGCCAUGCAGGCUCAGAUAAUGAAAGAUUGGGAAAAUGAAAUUCUUUACUAA